AUUUCAACAGUCAAGUUUUUGUUUUAAUCUCAUCUUUGAAUUGUCUACACAGGAAACAACACAGUUGACUCCAAACUGAAUAUUCCACGUUAUUUGCCAAGAAUAGUAAAGUAAAAUGCACGAAAUUGCAACAAAGUGUGGUGUUGAGAUACUUCUCAAUCAUUAGGGUCUGUGAGUUUGAGAGAAAACAAAUGGGUAUUUCAAUUGCUAGUUUUUUAUUACCACUAGCUUUAGUUUUGAAUUUAGUGUCUGUGUGUAAUGGAGGCACAACCAGUGCUUUUGUUAGGAAUGUUCAGAAAGGCGUUAAUAUGUCACUUGAUAGUGAUGUUUUUGCUGUUCCUUCUGGUUAUAAUGCUCCCCAACAGGUUCAUAUUACACAAGGUGAUCUUGUUGGGAAAGAAGUGAUCGUAUCGUGGGUGACCGAGGAUGAACCAGGGUCGAUCGCAGUGCGCUACUGGAGUACUGACAACAGCAAACAAAAGAAGCUAGCUAAAGGGAAAAUUGUUACUUAUAGAUUCUUCAAUUACUCAUCUGGUUUUAUUCAUCACACUACUAUAAGGAAUUUGGAGUACAACACUAAAUAUUAUUAUGAGGUUGGACUUGGGAACACAACAAGACAGUUUUGGUUUAUAACUCCUCCUGAAAUUGGUCCUGAUGUGCCAUACACAUUUGGUCUCAUAGGAGAUCUCGGUCAGAGCUUUGAUUCAAACAGAACACUUUCUCACUAUGAAUUGAAUCCUAGAAAGGGGCAAACAGUGUUGUUUGUUGGAGAUCUCUCUUAUUCAGAUAACUUUCCAAAUCAUGACAAUGUUAGGUGGGAUACUUGGGGAAGGUUUGUAGAAAGGAGCACGGCUUAUCAGCCGUGGAUAUGGACUGUAGGAAACCAUGAAAUUGAUUUUGCCCCAGAAAUUGGCGAAACCAAACCAUUCAAACCUUAUUCGCACCGAUACCACACUCCUUAUAAAGCAUCACAAAGUACUUCACCCUUUUGGUAUUCUAUCAGAAGAGCUUCAGCUCACAUCAUUGUCUUGGCCUCGUAUUCAGGAUAUGGAAAAUAUACACCACAGUACCAAUGGCUUGAACAAGAGCUACCUAAAGUUAACAGGACAGAAACUCCUUGGUUGAUUGUUCUAAUGCAUUCACCUUGGUAUAAUAGCAACAAUCAACAUUAUAUGGAAGGGGAGACAAUGAGAGUAAUGUAUGAGCCAUGGUUUGUUAAGUACAAGGUUGAUGUUGUGUAUGCUGGACAUGUGCAUGCCUAUGAAAGAACCGAACGUGUGUCGAAUAUUGCAUAUAAUGUUGUGAAUGGUAUUUGCACUCCUAUAAAAGAUCAAUCAGCUCCUGUAUACAUAACCAUUGGAGAUGGAGGGAACCUUGGAGGCAUGGAAACCAACAUGACAGAACCACAGCCAGAGUACUCAGCAUUCAGAGAGGCUAGCUUUGGACAUGCCAUUUUCGACAUAAAGAACAGAACACAUGCUCACUAUAGCUGGCACAGAAAUCAAGAUGGUUAUUCGGUUGAGGCUGAUUCCCAUUGGUUUUUCAACAGAUUUUGGCAUCCAGUUGAUGAUUCCACCGCUCAUGUUUUCCAUUGAUACAUUGAUUUACUGCUCUUUUCACAAGAAUACUCAAUGUGAUGUUAAUCAAUAAAGUCAUGAUUAUGUAAUAAUUGCUUGUAGGUCAAUCAAUUAUGAUUAUCAUUACCUUUCGUUCUACUUUGUAUGACUGUUAAAUAGAUGUAAAGGAGCAAGCAUCUUGUUUUAUGUGUAAAAAUAAAUAUUACAAAACUUUAACAAGACUUCUCAGCUAGAUCAAUUGCAUUGUCAUAUCAUAAUCAUUGUAAUUUCUCUUUUCCUGGCCUUGAUUUUUA